AUGCCGAUGAAAAAGGGUAGAGGCAACUUCCGCAACAAGGGCAAGGGCCGUGGAGGCGGCGGCAACAACUGGUCGACGGAGCGCAAGUCGUACGCCGAAGUGCCCAAGGUCAACGAGCAGUUCGAGAGACUGUACAAUGACAUGAACAUUGUGCCCGAGGGCGAGGAGCGCGAACAGUUCUGGGCUGCCCUCCGUCGCGAGCUGCCCAACUCGUUCCGCUUCUGCGGCAGCAAAGGGUAUCCACGACAUGCACCAAAAGUGCUGCCAAACAGCAGCUGA